GCGGCAGCAUGGCCCUGGAGGACCCGUUCUCUGCCGUGCGGGGGGAGGUGCAGAAGGCUGUGAACACGGCCCGGGGGCUCUACGAGCGCUGGUGUGAGCUGCUGCAGGAGACUCAUGUCGUCAGCACGGAGGAGUUCGACUGGACCACCAACGAGCUACGCAACAGCCUGCGGAGCAUCGAGUGGGACCUGGAGGAUCUUGAGGAGACCAUUGGCAUUGUGGAGGCGAACCCUCGCAAGUUCAGGAUCGAAGCCAGCGAGCUGAUGGAGAGACGGGCCUUCGUGAGGCAGAUGCGGGACUCUGUCAAGGAGAUGCGGGAUCACAUAUCCAGCCCGUCAGCCCUGGCCUUCGCCGAGCGGAAAAACAGAGAGAUGCUGAUUGGCGGGGGGGCCAGCCAGAAGCCCCCCCCGGAGCGGUACGGCCAGCUGCGGGAGGAGCUGGUGUCAGCCAAUUCCCGCUAUAUCGAGGAGCAGCAACUGCAUCAGCAGCUGAUCAUAGACCAGCAGGACGAGCAGCUGGAGCUGGUGUCGGGGAGCAUCCGGGUCUUGAAGCACAUGUCGGGCCGGGUCGGGGACGAGCUGGACGAGCAGAGCUUGAUGCUGGAGGAAUUUGCCCAGGAGAUGGAUGGCACCCAGUCCCACAUGGAUGGCGUGCUGAAGAAGAUGGCCAAGGUCUCCCACAUGACCAGCGACCGGCGCCAGUGGUGUGUGAUCGGCAUUCUGCUUGUUCUCCUCAUCGUGGUGCUUAUCCUCUUCUUCACUCUGUAA